UAGAAAGAAAGAAGAGCAAAUAGCGAAGCGCGAAGAGCUUUAUUUUGUAAACCAGUACCGGAAGUCUUUACAUUCACUCUGUUUAGCUUGACUCGGCUGCUGUCAACAGAAACGAAACAGUCGACGAGCUGUCACAUCGAGAUCGUCUGGCUGGAUGUCGUCUCAGUUCACAGUUAUGCUAUCCGGCUCCAGUAUUUUGUUAAUGAAAAUUCAUCGCUAGCUAAGCUGCUAUUGGUGUACUUCGACAAAGUUGAACAAAGUGGGGAUGCUUCCUUAAACGGAGUUUGGUGGUCGCGGGGGGCUGAAGAGGAUUAUCAUCAUUUCCUGUCAGUGAAUUUGACAGUUCGUAACCGCCUGGUUUGUUGGUUGGCGUGGUGUUUUUGUUCAACUGCGACAGAGCUCACAACAUAACGAGGCAUGGCUCGUAGGAGUUCUCGUCUGAUGUCCGGGGGCUACUACAAUUCAGAUGAAGAAUCUGACUCCAGUAGUGUGACAAACAUAUCCUACCGUGAAAACCCUGUCAAGGUUUUCAAGAAGAAGCCAGGGGCCCGCAAAUCCGGCCCCCGUACCUCCAUCAGAGCCAAUAGCAAUGCUAGCUCUGAUCCACCCAUGACCCCAGGCCAGUCUGAUGUCCCGAGUCCUCCUGCGAGCAGCCAGACCCAGCCAGUCGUGAGGACCGUACCCUAUGUCCCCACCGUGGCCACCCCUCGGCCUGCCCUGGCUCCAUCAUCAGCCAGGAGUGAGACACCUACAUGCACCCACCCAGUACCUCCGGAGAAGAGGCCUUACUCUGGACUGUGCAGUUUCAACACGCCAGGAUUACAUCUCCGGCCCAACCACAAGGAGCUGAGUCAGAGCGGUGUGGACAGCUCAGGGUACUCGUCCUCUGAGGGCACUUACAGGAAGCCCACAGUCACCCCCAGCAGUACAAGUAGGAGUGCUAACAGUGGGGCUCCCAGUUCUGGAUACAGAAGCCGGAUUAGCAGUGCCCUCUUUACACUGAUGGGCUGGGUGUCGUUGAUGGUCGCCGCAGCUCAGGCAAAACUAUUUCAUGUCACAGCUUUAGCUAAAGCACCAUGGAGCGGUCGCAUGAAGAAGGCGUGUCUACUGGUUCUCCUCCUCCUCAUUCUGCUUCUAUGUAUUUGGUUCCUCCUUCCUGUAUUCGCCUCUUUCAUCUCCCGCAUGACUGUCACAAAGACCCUGUCACAGACAAGAAGCGAGAGUGCACCUGUUAUCCCUGUCAGUCCUGCUCCUCAACCCAACACCAUGCAUCCUGCACCUGCAGUGAAUUCAGCUGUUGUGUCUACUGUUGUAGAAGCGAAGAUGCAGCACCUUUUGGCGGAGCUGCAGCUGAAGCAAGAACAACUUCUUUCCCAGAUGAAGAAUCGAAUACAACUGGACAUGCAUGAUCUGAAAGCCAAGCUCGAGGUUGUGGAGUCGGACAGUCGCUUGCAUCUGGAGCAGAAGGUCACUGGGCUGGGCAGGCAGCUGGUUGAUUACCAGACAGACAGCCGCAACUCUGCUGCAAGCCUCAGCCUCAGGAUCCAAGCUUUGGAGACCCAGAAUGCCAGGCUCUCCCAGGAGUUAUCAUCCAUCCAGCAGAUGCAGCCUCCAGCACCCUGUCCGGAUACAAGCACCACCCUUGUCCACAACCAUCUCACCCCAGAGCUUGAACAGGCAAUGGAGAAAUGGCUAACUGACCGCAUCAAGGAGCGAGAUGCAGUCAUGCUUGUUGACAAAGGAAGCUGCGCAGACUGUGGGCAUCCCAUGGCUGACAGAAUGCCCGACUUUGCCCUGGAGACUCAAGGUGCCAGUGUGAUCAGUACCCGGUGUUCAGAGACGUUUCGCAUUCGUUCAGCAUGUGUGACCCUGUUUGGUUUCCCCAUUUGGUACCCAUCUGAAAGCCCACGCACAGUUAUUCAGGGUUACCCCGUGCUGCUCCCAGGGAGAUGUUGGGCGUUUCAUGGUGUCGAGGGGACUCUUGUCAUCUCUCUUUCUCACCCCAUAAGGAUAACCCAUGUGACGCUGGACCACCUGCCGCGAUACAACUCCCCCACCGGCUACAUCGACUCCGCACCCAAAGACUUUGAAGUCUAUGGACUGAAACAUGACACAGACGAAGGAACACUGCUGGGUUCAUUCACCUACGAUGAGAAUGGAACCUCGACACAGACGUUUAAGCUGCUGAACCCUAGUGAUGAGGUUUAUCGACUUGUGGAGCUGCAUGUUCUCACUAACUGGGGUCAUGUCGAAUAUACGUGUCUUUACCGCUUUCGUGUGCAUGGAAAAAUCGCCUCCACGUGAGAUUCACUGACCUCGCCGUGCAGCUCAAUCAAACCUAUAAAAAAAAAAGGUACACUUUAGAAAAAAACAAAAUUCUGACUGUUGGCUUGGUUUGUCUUUAGGGCCAGAUGCUACUGAAAAAUAGUUUGCUGUUGACUAAUGGUACUCUGGCUGGUCAACUGGUUUAGCUUUUUUUUCUUUGGACUGUUUAAUUUUGAAAUGACAGAAAUCAUAUUUAUAUUUUCUACAUAUUUGAAAGAGCUAACUUUGCUUUGAAUAAGUGUCAAAUGUUUCCAAAAAUCGGCGAUCUAUCUAGGGAAACUACUUGUAAGCAUAGAGUUCAGAAAACUUGGUUCUUCUGAUAAUUUGAGCGUGCCACAAAAUAAUUUUUAAACGUAUGUUGUUAAUUAUUGUUGCUGUUUUAUCAGGGAUUUCCUGCUUCACUGUGCACAGUGCCACCUGGGAGGUCCCCAGUAAAAUGCCACUUUGUUUUUAGUCUCCCAGUGAGCAGCUGCACUGGGGCAGUUGGGUGUUAAAAGACGCUGCUCCGUGGUAUUCUGAGAAGUGUUUUAAAGUUAACUUUACUGACUCAGAGGAUUGGAGCCAGCAACAACUGGUCACAGUCGUGCACCUCAAGGCUUCCUGCCACAGCACAUAGAUGAUGAAGUUAUAUGAAAAACAAAUAAGCUUAUUUCUAACAUGCGCUUUCCAUUUUUGGGCACUAAAUGAUUUUCAGUAUUUAAAAUCUUUACAGUAUAAAGGUCUAGUUUGUUUUCAGUCGAGCAUUUUUGUUUCCCGUUACCUGAACUGGUUGUUUUUGACAGGAUAUGCUUCCAGUUUUUGGUUGUUGACUGAUGGGGAGGUAUUAUAAUGACGUGUUCACAUUAUCGUGGAAAAACAGCUUAUGCCCACAACUUGUCAUUGCUGUGUAUGUGGUGCGCUGUGCAAACAUGCACAGAGCGAGAGGGGGUGUCGAAAGUUUGAAUGUGCACCGACCUUGUGUGCAAUGCAGCCAGUCACCGCUGACCACUGCUUGAACUGAUGUGAAACUAGUUUGCCUGCUUGUGUUCUGUUUGGCCCUGGCUGUGCCUAUACUCAGAGAAUCUCAGGUCACAGUACGUAACCAACAUUUCUGAAUUUCCCAAACUGUACAAUAACAUGAUCUUCAUAUCAAAAUAUGAUAAAGACAGACAAAUUAUCAGCAGACCACUGUUGAUACCAGGCUUGCUUAGAAAAACACAGUUUGAGCCUCUAAAAUGUAGUGAUCUACUGCUAACAACGUUAGCUUUGUCGCGUUAGCUAAGAAAGUAGCGCAGGACCCUUGUUUUUCCUCUAUAAUGUGAACAUGCCUUAAGGCAGUUGGUACACGUUACACAGACGGCCGCAUGAAUGUUUGAAUUUUUAAACAGUAUUGUUUUAGUAAGCUAAAUUUUAUUUACUAUUCAUAAAAAAGGUGAAAUAUGCAGCUUAGUAAAUUUUGUUUUUAUCAAGUUUUAACCAAUCCGUUUUGAUUUUAUUGCCUGUACUUGAAUACUUGAAAGCUCUUUUCCAUGCGGAUUAGGGUUGGGGCCACUGAACAAAAUUUAUUUUAAUUCUGACUCUUUUCUGAGAAUUCAGAUUUUAUUCUGAGUCAGAAUUCUGAGAGCAAAGAGUCAGAAGUCAUAAAUGUUGUAGUGGCCCUAAUCCUCUUCCGUGUUUUCAAACCUCUUUGAAAAGUGUCAUUUUGAUUGCAUGAUGUCUCUGUUUCUACUUCCUUGUACGCUUUUUAUGAGCUACACAGUCAGGAAAGAUAUUUAUUUAUUUUUAAAAUGAGAAAUUAAUUCAUGAAUUCGAGUGUUAUGUCUGUUUGUAGGAUUGACUUGACAGUAGUUUAACGACUUGCCAAAUCAUCGAAGCGUACCAUUCCAAUCUGUAAAACGCAGUGUAGCUGUUGAAGCAAAUGCUGAUUGGACUGCACGUGACAGAGCUGUCAUUCAGUGUAUUGAUUGUUUGUUUGUACAGUAUAUUUUGACAGAAGAUGUAAAAAAUAUUAGACACUUGUUUUUAUCAUGACGUGAAUCCUGGUAAAAUCCUUUCUCACUGGUUUGUGUGAUUUAAAAAUAUUCUAGUCUUAAACAGCAUGUAGAAAAAGAGACAGGUGAGCUAGAGGAGGAUUUCGUGGUUCGGAUCAUGACAAAGGGACGUUACAACCCAGCAUCCAAAAAUGAUGUAUUGGUAUGUAUUUUUAUAAUAUAUACAUUGGUGUGUCUUUAAUACUUUAACUUUUCUUUUGAGAGGACAAAAAUAUUUAGGUAAAAUAUGUGCUGGUUAUAUGAGAAUCGUAAUGUGCUGCCUUUUUAAGCUGGUGAUUGUAGUUACAAGGAUUUUGGUACAGUUAUUCCUUAAAUAUCUUGUAUAUGUAUAACCAUAAAUUAUGAUUUGCAGCACUUACAAAUCUUUAGGACUUAUUUAAUACACUGAAAUGAAGCUUGAUUGGCUUUUGAGAAGCAUAUUAUGUCAAGGACACACUGUACGCAGUACAAUGUGUAAUGUCAUGUAAAGGUUUUAUUUGAUUUCUGUUAGCUAAAAGAGGUCUGUAUAGUCCUAAUGCCAGUUAUUCUUGUGUGUAAAGCCAUAUGAGCAACAUGGAGAACAGUGCUUAAGUUGAUCAGUAAUUAGGUUCAUCUUCUCAACAUCUGUUCAUGUGUUUUAGUUACUCAGUUUUAAAAAUACAUGUGUCAGAUACUGUCUGAGGUGUUAAGGAUUUGGCUGUCACUUCCUAAUUGUAAGCUAAACUGGAAUGUUUGUCUGGUUUAUAAAAUAAAACAUUCAAAUAUAUAUA